AAUAAAAAAGUUUUCCAUACAAGAUCCAGAUUUUGAUCGGUCAGUUUGAAUGGCGGCUAUAUGCUGAUAGUAGUCCGAUCUGACUAAUUUGUUUGGAGAUGCUAUUGUUGCCUUAAACUAUAAUCCAUGCCGAAUUCCGUGAAGAUAUCUGGUAAAAUAAAAAAAUUUUGCAUACAGGAACUUGAUUUUGAUAGUUCAGUUUGUAUGCCAGCUAUACACGAUAAUGAUCCGAUAUCCGCCGUUCCAACAAAUGAGCAACUUCUUGGAAAGAAAAGAACGUGAGGAAAAUUUUAGAUCGAUAUCACAAAAACUGGCGAAUUAGUUCGAGUAUAUACAAACGAAACUCAUACGGUUAUGCAGAAUGCCGUUAAGCACAGCCAUCAGAUCUGUCAAGAAAGGGAAGGUCCUCCGCCAGUCGUUCGAUACCAAACGAGGUUUUAGAUAGCGUGAUUCCCUCGCGUCCAUCUACUUCAUUAUAAUGCUGCAAAAAGUGAUUAGCGCCGCUAAUUUGUAACGCAGUGGUACUGUCUACUCUAAAAGGACAAUGCUACUGGAGUACGUGGCGGAUGACAUGGAUAUCACAGGCCUUAACAACAGAGUCUCAGCGCAGUCUUUUUCAGCAUAAAAGGAUCCAACAUGGAAGGUGAAGCAAAAGAGGUUGGUCUUGGUGUAGGUUGUGGUGAACGAGGGCAAGACAAAGUACUUGGGAACCACGCCACUAAUGACAAGUAUAAAUUUGAAAAAGCACUUUGUCUAUCUCUGAACCAGCAUAAAUACCACCAACAGUCUAAGCCAAGGCCAAGCGCAGAAUAACUCUUGCCAACAGGUUCUAUUUUAAGAUCGUCAGGCAAUCUUAUCAUUCUCGUAUUAUUAUACGACACAGAAACAUGAACCAUGAUGAAGCUAGAUGAGAAAGCACUGAGCGUGUGCGAUGAGUACCGAAGCAAAUGGAACCACGAACUUUAUGAGCUCUAUGGCGACAUAUGUAUUUAAACGCAUAAAAAUGCAAUGAAUGUGGUUAGGCCAUGUUGUACGCAUGGAAGACGAUGCUCCUUCGAAUCGAGACCCAUUGGUGUACAACAGAAGCAGCAGCGCCCACGCAUUCAAUGAAAGGACGAAGUGCAUAGGGAUCGGUCUGAACUUGGGAUGUACAACUGGCGUGACCUCGCAAACUAUACAGGCAAAUAGCAAAGUUUGGUAUUCUCGGCCGAGACUAAGCCACGGUUGUAGUGCCAAAGAAGAAGAAGAAUCAGAGGUUCAAACUAUGGUUGAUAUAUUAAUUAAUUAUAACAAAAACUGUCGUGUCUAAUAGCCUUUUGGUAGACACAGUCAUAUCUGCGAGUGUAUUUCUUGUAUGAUAUGUCAUAAAUGUUAUGUUCUCCUUCUAAUUCGAUCGAAUGUAAACGCAAAUUAGUCGGAUAGAGCGUGAUUUUUAUUAAACUCUUUUAGUCGUAGGCUUUCCAGCAAAAUUCGGGCGCUUUGCUGUGGCCAUUUCAUUGCACAGCUACGAUUAAUUUUAAACUAAGCAUAUUUUACUUUACUGCUCCUUAUUAUUAACAGACGCCGCCUACUUUGGGCUUCUGUGGAUCCGUAAUCGAAUAAAGCUCAUCUUAGCCACAUUCGUGUCGAACUUUUUAAAGCGUAAAGAAAAGAGUAAACGCACGCAUAUUUAGAAAGAAUAAAACUAUUAUUUCACGUUGACACUAAAAGCUCCAACGACGACUUUAUUAAGAGAAUGUAACUUCGUUUGUAAACAGCGUAACCGUCAGCAUUUUGAAAGAGUUUACAAAACCGACACACAUGCAGAUCGUCAAAUACAAAGCAACUGCAAGAAAUACUAGUUUGCGGCAUUCACGCUCAACGGACUAAGAACGCAGAAUCGCACUGAGAGUCACAAAACCGCUGAAUAUGAUAGCGUGACAACAAACACACGUAAGUACGUAUGUAAAUGUGUAGCUUAGAGCGAUGAAAUCAAAAUCGCAUGCUGAAACGAUUGGAAAGAUAGCGUUUAUGCUUUCAAAUGUACUGAGGAAUCAUCGGCCAAACCAACAAACGAUCGAGAUACCAAAAUAUCCACACAACCAACCACCAAUAUAUACUAUACAUUGGUUAACCGAUACAUUGGUUAACCGGUUGCGACAACAUUUGCAAGAAUGUUGAGUCCACAAUCACCAAAUAACAAAAAAAUAAAAGCAAAAAGAAAUACACUGCGACGAGCGGAAGAGUUGAAAGGAAGGAAGAGCAAACGUAAGGCCUAUGCGUUGCCGAGAGCGCGAGUAUUUUUGAAAUUAAAUAACAGGCAAGGUGAAAAACCACCACUUCAAGAAGGCAAGUAUCCUGAAUGCAUACGUACGGCUGGAUGAUUGCGUUGCUGUAGACAGCGCGCCUGCAGACGCCGAGGGGUUGCAUGAACGAAGGCGUAAAUUUUCUAUUGGAACGGGAUGGGUUUUUUUUUUUUAUUUUUUGUUGACUGGCGGCUGCUACUUGCAGUAUGCGCUCGACCAGCUGUUGAUGGCGGUGGUGUUGGUGCCGGCAAGGGAACGUGCCACAAACAAGCGCGCUAAAAGCGCCACAAAUAGCGACGGCGACAACAACAACAAGCAUAAUUGAUAGCAGCAGUAACAAAGACAACAACAACAACAACAUCAAAUACCACAAAGGGGCAGACAACAGCAAUAACACCGACCGCAAGUUAUACCAAGGAGAGGAAUGCGGCCCUGCAACUACAACAAUUUCAAGACAUUGCUUUUAUUGCUAUUGUUGUCGGUUGAUCAGGUUCAUGUAUAUUUUGUCCAUAUGUGUGUAGUAUGUAUAUACAUAUGUAUAUGUACUACAACCAAAUUCCCAUUCAACAGCAGCGCGCAGAUACAAUUACCAACCGUUUGGUUUUUGCUUUUACUUUUGCUUUUGUGCAUUUGCCAUUGCUUUUUCAUAUAUCAUUUGAAAUUGCCUUUUCUUUUUAUUUCAUUUCAACUGUAUGCCUUUAGUUUUGACUUGUUUAGCAUUGGUUUUGGUCUCACUUACUUUGUGCACUCGCCACUCAAUCAGUCAGUCAGGUUGAGAACGUCGUCGGAAAUUGUCGCGCAACAACACCGCAUACGCGCAGUCGCUUAUUUCGUAUGUAAAAGGACGGUUUCUAGCGCUACUGCUAAGAAUUUCGCGCACAAAUGCACAUACAGACACACAUUGUUAUGAAGUUUCAAAUAAAAUAUAAAAAAAAUUUGGCAAAACUGCAAAAGCAGCAAAAAUAAUUGUUUCGGUACUCGCAUAAAAUUUUACGAAAAUGUUCGAUGUGCGCUCGUUUAUGUCGAAUUUUGUAAAUUUUGGUAUUUGUUUGAAGUUGUGGGCGCUCAUUUUAUAGUGGUGUAUGUGUACGCCCAUUGGCAUGGCUAGUGCGAUUUCUUUAGAGCUGCCGUUCGGCCUAGAGUUAUUUCCUGCAGUACGCUGACACAAACACACAAAAAAAGACGCAAUAUAGAAAAUUGGCCGCAUAUUUCCGUACAACGGCUACUUGCAACACGAUACGGCUAAUAGGCAAUGAACGCGCGAAUAAACGAAUUCAGGCACGCACACAUUCGUACGUACUCUGUAUUUGAACACGCGCACGCGAUUUAAAAUAACUUUUAUGCAAAUAAGUUAAUUUUCGCAAAUAACGUAUUUUUGCCAAACGAAAAUACACACCACAGUGCCGUUUUGUAAAAGCUAAGAUGUGCAGUGAUUGAAUGUUAUCGAUAUACAUACACACAAGUGUGAUUAUUGCAUUGCUGUUUCAAUUUGAAAUUGCAUUUAAACGAAAAACGCACCAAAAUAUUUGAAAGCAAAUGUUGCAGAAAGUAAAUGGAAAACAAAUAUUCUCACCAACAUUGUAUUAGCAAAUGUGAAAAUCGGGAAUAAGCAGCAAACAACACAAGAAACAGCAACUACCUGUCGUUGGAAGGCACGAACUCGCACUUCGACAGAAUCUAAACAGAAUGUGACCAGAAACGCCAAAACGCGACGGAACUAAUCUGCUGCCCACUGAAAUAAUUCUUGAAGUUCGCAGAAUGUUAAAACACACCUCAAAUGCCGGUGGAGUGGGCGUCGGACCAGCGAAUGGUCAGUUGCGUAAUAAUCCCAAUAAUGGCAACUCUACAACGGCCUCUAACCGCAAUAUACACCUGCGUCCGCAACAACCGCUCAAUAUCUCCACUUUAAGUGCCACACAGAACGCCCUACAAACCGCGGCCAACACGCCGGCGACGGCGAACGGAGGUCAACGCGUACCCACAUUAUUAAAUAUCGCUUCAACACCGAUAACGGCGGGCACAACAAAUACAUUAACACCGUUAACAUCGAGCGUUGGUAAUACGACAACGGCAACAACAGCGACGCCAGUUACACCCCUGACACCGAAUGGAAUUGGCAAUAAUUUGCACACAUAUACAAAUCAGCAUAUUCUAGCUUGCAACAACAAUAACAAUAGUAAUGCGCACAACACAACUGUUGGCACAAUAAAUACAAAUACAAAUCAUAAUAAUAAUAACAACAACAGUACCGCACAUUAUAAUAAUCAUAAUUAUAGCAAUUGUCAUAAUCUGACAACGGGUGUGCUGAUAAAUCAAUCGAAACAUGGACCAGGACCACGAGAGGCGCUAACGAGUUUGGGGCUAUUAUGCUUAGUUUCCCUACUAUUAGCGCUACUGUCAUUAAUUUUUCUGCUGAAAAUUUCACCGAAUGCCCGCGAAGAUGCUUUAACGCGCAGCUCUGCUGAGGAUUUCGUAAUUGUCUACGAUGUAACGUUGGCGCUCUGUGCACUUUCGCUGUCACUAAAUCUAUGCUGUUUGCUGGUGUGUGCAAUACAGUUUCUAUUCGCUGUGAAAUUGGUGCGAUCACCAAUGUUUGAUGGCAGAGAUAACAAAUAUUUGGAAAAAUCAAGUGCGAGUCGCACCUGUGCUGUCGGUGGUUUCUUUAUAUCCAUACCAAUUUUUCUCACGGGCAUUAUCCUGUAUACAUUCAACCAUUUUCACUCAACACCAGCUAUUAUCACAAGCGUACUUAUCGGCAUUGGCAUCGUAUUUUGCGGCGGCGCAAUGGUCCAUAAUGUUUUUAUUUGGCAGAAGGAGAAAACCAUUAGCUAUCGGAGUCCACCAUUGAAUAUGUCUAUGGUAUCACACAUUGGGCCCAUAACACCGCCUGCGCAAUUUUUAAGUCCUCACCAAACGCACCACUUUAUGAGUUAUGCGCCGCAUAUGCAUGCUGCACACCCACACACGCAUGCACAGCCACAAUCGCAAACACAAACACAAUUAGGCGCACAACUACAUCCGACUUCCGUGACACCGGUCUCACCAAAUCAUUCACACGGCAGCUUUAACGCGUUACUCUCAGCGGGUGCACUAAAUUCGUCAUUUCUAAUACGCCCAUCAACAGCAACACCGCCCACACCCAAACCGUUGCCACCACAAUUAUCAAACGGUGGCGGUUGUUUGACGUUAAGCGCGCGUGAGGCUAGCGGCUCAGUUAGUCCGGGCAUACCCGGCACGCUGGAUAUGAGCAACAUAACCAGUCCUUCACUGCAUGAACUAUCAACGUUGGUGUAGUCUUUAACAUUGUUAUUAAAUAACUGUAUGUAUAAAUAAUAUUUUCAAGCACUAUGCACAACAUUUCAAUCAUACCGAAGCUUAACAUAUUUGUUACUUUUAAAUGGUUAGUGACAGCCGGAAGUGAAAGUUGAGCAAAAUUUAUCGAUAAUUCGAACAGUUCGAUACAAAUAUAAAACGUAACAAUAACCGAAACAAAACAUUUGUGUGUAUAUAAUAUUAAUAUAGAUACACACAUAUAAUAUAUAUAAAUAUAUGUAUUUAAUAUAUAUACAUAUAUGUAUUUAAUAUAUAUAUAUAUAUAUAUUAUAUUUAAACAUUAAACAAAAAGGAACAUGUAAAUAUAGUGUUAUUAUUUAUGUUGAAUAUUUUUAUAUUAUACAUUUAAUAGCUAGUGUAAAGAGUAGUUGAUAAAGUUUUUAAUAUAAGAAAAGCUUAGAAACAAAAAACGGUGCUUCAUUACGAAGUUUUAUAUUUAUGUUGUUGUAUUUAAGAUUUAAUCUAAGUAUAUAUGUAUAUGUAUAACCCAAAAAUACGACAUAUGCUUGCCUCUUUUGUUCCUUCGCAACACUAUAAUUAUUUUAAUUGUUUAUAACUUGCAUUUAAUUAAAAUUUUAUUUUUAUUUUUUUUUUUUUUUAAUUUUAUAAUUAACAAACAAAAGAGAGAAACUAUAACGGAUUAUUAGAGAAAUAUAAAACAAAAUAAAUUGCCAUAUCUAUUUUAAAUGUUAACUAUUUAUCUUUUAAUACGAGUGCAUCAUUCACAACAAAACCAACGCAUCUAAAUAUCAAAUUUUUGUAUAUAGCUAUUAAGUGUAAGAAAAUAAAUAUUUUUGAUUU